UGGUACUUUUCACUUUUUGGAGGACCAAGCUGAGGGUCUAGGGGGAGGGCUGUGAUACUCAUGUACUUUGGGUCUUUCCCGGACGGGACAGGACAGGACCAAAAGAAAACCCAUCUGGGUGUAGGCAUCUAUGCCAUUGGUUUCUUAAUAUAGAUUGUUUUUUUCCUGUUGGCCUUUGGGUCCUUGCUUGACACAUCUAAUCCCCUAUUUGAUGGUUUUUUUUUCAUGCAAAAAAAAAAAAUAGGUGCCGCGGGCGCAUUGCAAACACUUCUGUGGAUCUUUCAGUCGAGAAUCUAUGAGAACGGGAGGCCGACGGUCCAGGAGUGUGUCCUCAACGCGUUGUUUUCGGCCCUGUUUCUGUUUGCGGCCGCCUGGCAGUUUUACCAGGCCUUCGCCAAUCAAUUGCCAACGGACUUUUUGUGCCCGACGGACGGGUAUGACGAGACGGUGCGUUGCCGACUGUGGCAGUCGCAGAUCGUCGGUUGUGCAGUCUGUGGGGUCAUGUUCUUUUUGUCCACCAUCCUCUUGAUUCUCCUAUUCCGAAGCCGGCCCUUGAUUUUUAAGGACUUGACAGAGGACAUGAUCACGAGCUCGCCGCUUACGGUGACCUCAUCGGUGGUGAGAGAGGAUCCGAAGCAGCAUGAGAGGUCAGAGGCGGAGGCGAUCGCUGUAGAGGCAGAGAGGAGGAGACUGUUGCAAAGACAACAGAUGCAGGUGCAGCAGCAGCAGCAGCUGGCGCGCCCUAUGCCUCAGCAACAACCAGUGCCGUCGCUUCCGUACCAGCAGCAUCAGUAUCAAACCCCGCGUGUUGUCCCGCCUAUGCAGCAGACCCAGCAUCGGAAUUCGUCUGGAUAUUUCAACCAAGGACGCCAGCAGCAGCCCUAUCAACAGCAGGCAAGGGUGCCGCCACAACAGCCAGUGCCAGUGCCAGUACCAGUGCCAGUGCCAGUGCCAGUGUCAGUGCCAGCGCCGACGACCAUCGACAACGAGACAUACUACAACAACAACUACGCGCUCCAGAAACAACAAUCAUACGACAUGGAUCCGGUAACGACGGCAUCAGAAGCGGCAGAUGGCAAUGGGUACACGAUCCGAGCACCCGUGAUCGCACCUACAGGCAUGAGCGGAUAUACAGAAGAACCAGACGGCUACCUGGACACUCCGGGAACUAUGGAUGUGGCGUAUGGAGACUACAACGAGUACACGUUUGAUCCACUUGACCCGACGGAUACAUCCGAUGAUCCGACCUCACAAGAAGCGCUGGCACAUCUGGCGUACGCGGAGCAGCUCCGGGAACAGCAAUUGUAUCAUCAGAACAUGGCGGAGGUGCUUCAGAAGCAGCAGCAACAGAAACUGCAGAAACUGCAGCAACAGCAACAGCAACAGCAACAGCAGACGCAGCGGGAGGAAAUAAGUAGGCCACCCCCGGCAUCAGGCUCGACAGUCGAGUUUUAUCCGCCCCCACCGAGGCAUAGCGCAACCAUGCCGCCUUUACCUGUGAGCGCGAAUGCGGUCACGUCGGCACCCUCUUCAUCAAUGACCGCGAAUGCGACCGUGGGCGGUACGUCCCAGAGGAUGGAGGAUUACCCGUAUGCGAAGCGAACGACCCAGGAUUUCAACACGGGAAUGGUCACGCCGGGAUCGAACACGAGUAGCUCAAAGAUCGUGGCGAGUCCACAACAGUAUCCGGAAAGAAGCCCAAAGCAGUUUCCAGAGAAUGAUACUCCGAGGGAGUCAUACCACUCGGAUGAGCGGUACAAGGCUGAUCUGCUGGGGGAGCUCCGAAGAGCACGUCGGGAGUCAGAAAUGAGUUCGGGCGUGAAUCCGGGAGAGACUGAUGAGUAUCAUGAUUAUAAGGUCCAGGUACCGUCCGAGCGUGGUGGGUCGAGUAUCCUGGCCAAUACUUCAAAAUAUGUCCCGCCGCCGACAAAAUCUAGGACCAUGUGGUCCUAACGGUCAGUCCCUCGUCCCUAGGGGCUUCAUUGUCGAUACUUUUGCUCCAUUUUUUCUUAGUGACAUAUAUAUAGAUCAUUCAUCAAAUUGCCAGUUAUAUUCUUGCAAGAAUAACCAUAUCACAAAUCCUCUUUUUUUUUUUUUUUUUUUGCC